CCGCGGGCCGGAAGACUUCGAAGAGUUCUUGAGGCCUCUGGGCUGCUAGCCCGCUUGGCAGUGUGGUUUGCACUCAGCUCCCGGCGCCGGGCUCCGGGCACUGCGGACCAUGUCUCCGCCCCUGGCGCCCAGCCGGGACCGUGCAGGCCAAGAGGAUGAGGACCGCUGGGAAGGACGGAGGGACCGCAAGGCCCGAAAGCCCCUAGUGGAGAAGAAGCGGCGCGCGCGGAUCAACGAGAGUCUCCAGGAGCUGCGGAUGCUGCUGGCCGGCACCGAGGUGCAGACCAAGCUAGAGAACGCCGAAGUGCUGGAAUUGACGGUGCGGCGCGUGCAGGGCGCGCUACGGGGCCGUGCACGCGAGCGGGAGCAGCUGCAGGCCGAAGCAAGCGAGCGCUUCGCUGCUGGCUACAUCCAUUGCAUGCAUGAGGUGCACACGUUCGUGUCCACGUGUCAAGCCAUCGAUGCCACCGUUUCAGCUGAACUCCUGAACCAUCUGCUAGAGUCCAUGCCACUGCGCGAGAGUAGCAGCUUCCGGGAUCUGCUGGGGGACUCCCUAGCUGGGCUGCCUGGAGGCCCCGGGAGGAACAGCUGGCCUCCCGGAGGGAUUCCAGGGUCCCCAUUGUCCAGUCCCCCAGGUCCCGGGGACGACCUGUGUUCUGACCUAGAAGAGGUCCCGGAGGCUGAACUAAAUCGGGUGUCUGCCGAGGGGCUGGAUUUGGUACCUACAUCCUUUGGCAGCCUGACCGGAGCUCGACUGACCCAGAGUGUGUGGAGACCUUGGUGACCAACAACACUAAUCGGGGACCUGCGGAGGGUGGGCUGCCAUCCCUAGGUCUACUACUCCCUCCCUGGGUGUCAGAUGAUGUGGAGACAACCCAGGUAUGCUUUCCCUACUCUUUCAAUGAAUGGCUUGCACGGCAACCCUUGAUGGCCAGCCCCUGCAGGCCCCUAGCUCUGUUUCUUGAGGGAAUCCAUUUCAUGGACCCUAUCCUGGAUGGGGAGAGGGAGGUUACAGAAAGAAAGGAGGGAGACUCCUGUAGAGCUGCCAGCUCUCCCCUCUCUCCCGGCUCACCUGUCCCUGCCUUUCAAACACUCUGAGAGGGAUCUAGGGCAAAAGUGGCCAAUCCUGAGGCUGAGCACUGGUGUCCUAGGCAGGGAUACUCAGGCCAGAGCAGUCCUGACUUAAAUAGAAAUUCAGAUUUGCUGCUUCAGCCCGGAGACCAGGGAUGGCACCUUAUGCAGGGUCACUGAGAGCUGCUCCCUGUUUGUAAGACAUUUGAGUGUGGGGAUUUGGUUGCCAUCAAAUGCUCCAAUUGAAGUAAAUAAAGAACGUUGGGAUUAGUUGC